ACCCGGAAAUGGCCCUCGGCGGCGGCGCCUCAGCCAAUGGGCGGCCCGUGCGUAGGCAAGAGGGAAAAGGUCAUGGCAGGUAUGGAGAUGGCGGCGCUAACGGAGGUUGCCGGGCAGAUAAAACCGUGUCCGUGAGGGAAUGGAAGGCGACAUGGUUUGCGCCUCGCACUGCGGCUGAGCCUCCCUCGCGACAGCAGCAACAGCCGCCGCCGCCUCUUCCGCCUCCUCUCCUUUUCCAGCGUCCCGUUCCCUCGCGCCGUCCUCCGCCCAGACCAAUGAGCGUCGCGCACGAGCUGCUGUGGCGCCUGCUGCACCUCCUCCUCCACGUCCAGCGCGCGCUCUUCGCCUGGUUCCGAGGCUGGUUCGGAGGUCGCGGCUCGUGGCUCAGCCGUUGGCGGCGGCGCGCCGCCGUUGCCUCGCGGGCUCUCCUGGCCCCGGCGGCGGUGGGCACGGGGGCUUUCGCCUACCACAGGCCGGCGGCGGCAGGGCGGAAGGUGGUCGGAGGAGGAGGCGGCGGCGGCCGGUGGCGGAAGGACGCGAAGUCUCUGCAGAAGCUACCGGGCCACGUCGGGCUGGUGGUGGUCGAGGAGGAGCAGAGCUACGCGGACAUGGCCAGCCUGGUGGUGUGGUGCAUGGCGGUGGGCAUCUCCUAUGUCACCGUCUACGACCAAGAAGGUUUUUUCAAGAGAAAUAAUUCAAGGCUAAUGGAUGAAAUCCUAAAGCAGCAGCAGGAAUUGUUAAAUCUUGACCGUUCCAAAUAUACAGUGAAGUUUGCAAAUCAAGAAAAAACAGAUCAAGUUUUAAAUUGCCAAUCUACACUGAACGUGCUGUCUUCAGAGGAUGGGAAGACAGAUAUAGUAAAAGCAGCUCAGAAAUUUUGCCACUUAGUAGCACAAAAACAAAAAAAAUGCACAGAUCUGGAUAUGGACGUCUUGGAAAACUUAUUAACUAUUCUUUGCCUUCACAUGUGAACGUCAGUUAUGAAGAAUUCUUCUCUGCCCUUCGUCACUAUUCAAACACUGAACAGCGCGUGGGAAAAUAACUUCUUGCUGAACAUUAUCAGGAUUUCCAUGGAAAGGACCCAGUGUCUCUGUUUACAAGUACCUGUGAUACAUAAAAGUCCAGUACAUAGUCUCUUAAUUUAUCAAAUUCAAUAAAGUGUCUUACCUUUUUAGAAUUUGUAUGCGUGUGUACUCAUAGUCUUUGGAGUUGCGGGGAAAGCAGUGGUCUACUGCUGUGGCAUAUGGCAUACCAUAAAUAUUCUAAAACAGCUGUUUAGAAGCUUCAGGCCUCUCCUUCCAGUGACCAAAUCCUUAAUAUAAGGAAUACUUCUGACUUUGAGGGAACCAAUCUAAGUAGCACUACAAUCAGUGGGGAGAAACACUGGACCAUAUAAAAACCCUUCUUAGAAUUUUCUGCUGUCACACCUUUGUCGUCUCAUUUUCAUUGGACUUGAAUAACUGAAAGUCUAGGAAGCUGUCUGCAUAGUUGUCCUCAAAAGCUUCUAGAAAUGCACCUCAGGGUUUUGGGGGCAUGGGUGUGCUUAAAAUGGAAUUUAAAGCAUUGCUGAAAAAAAUAAGCAUAGAAAGGUCAAGGGGUUUCUCAAACGUGCUUUUCAAUCACACAUGUUAAGUACAUUAUAAAAUAACCAUUAGAACAACUGGCAGCUGCAAAAACUAUAGCCACAGUCUUCCCUUUCUUAGGAAGGUAGGUGUUUCCACAACUUGUUAAUUGACAAUUAAAUACUUGAUUAAAAGUCAAUAAAUGUUGGGUUGGAUCAUCAUCAUAUAACAGAAUCACAUAAACUGGUUUUUCCCAAACAAUAUGAACUAUAAGAUGUACAUUGCAGUGUGUGUUUUAAAAUGGUAUAUUCUCAAAUUCUAAGGUAAGUUAAGAAAUACAACUUGUACUAUUUUUUAAAGGCUUAAUUUCAUUUUGAUAAUUAUAGUCCAAAUCCACUGUGCUGUAUUCAUUUUAAACAUAAGUAAAAUUGUCAAUUUACAUUUUUGUGGUAAUGUAAAUGGAUUGUGUUUGGCUGCAUAUAGCAGCAAAGGGCAGGAAAGUAUUAAUUCAAUAUGCACUGAUGAACCUGUUCCCCUCCCCCCAUUAUAAGAUAUGGCAUGACUGUCUGCAUAAAUGACUGUGACAAUUGUUGUAUGGCAGUGUGAUAAUACAAUCUAAUUACAAAACAAAUAUGCAGAAAAAUAAAAUUCAUGGACUCAUUUUCUUGAUCCUGCAGCUACAUUGGUACUGCUUAAUGUAUAUGGUAUACUGCUCCUUCAAACUCUUAACCUAAUUUUAUCCCUAAACAUUGAUUGGCGAAGUUAAGUGUCCAGGUGUUCCUUUUCAAAAGUGUAUUUUCUUAUGGAAUGGAAAGCCCAUUAUUUUUUGGUUGAAAAUGGAACGAAACUUAAUCUAUUUUGCAAAUGGCUUUUUAUAAAUGCCACAAAUCAGUGUAGUAAAGUAUUGCAGAUCAUGCUGCUAUUAAACAGUAUUUUUCUUCUUUUUUAGAUCAAAUCUGUAAUACAGUAGGUUCAAAAAGCUCAUAGCAAGAGUAAACUAAUUGAUUUCUUAUUGCUUGUUUUUGAGAAAAAGACGCUUUCUGCUGUGAGCUAAUGAAGUAAAAAGGCAUCAGGAUGAUAUUCACAGUCAUUGGAAUACCUGAAACUUUUUCCUGCUUUGCUGUAGUUCUCAAAUUUCUAUUAUGAAGACCAUGAACAUGUGCAAUAUAUUACAGUACUGCUUUUGACUAAUGCACACAGUUCUACAAUUUGGACAUUUUUGGUUUGCUAGAGAGAGGGUGUGUGGAGCGUAGCCUGAAAGAGAGAUUCUAUGUAGUAAACUUCUGUGUGGUUGGAAUCAUCUGGAGAGAACUGGCAAAUGAAAUUCAGAAUCAUGAGCUUACCAAAAGAAUUCUGGUACAGUAAAUGACAAUUACAAGAGCAAAGGGGAGAGUUUUAUGUUCCAUUUUUUUACUUGUUAAUUUCUUUCCCUGCUUAUAUUAAUCUGCAAAUUGCCAAAGAAUAUUUACAGUGCCCACCCUGAUUUUGGUCAUCCCUUGUCACAUUUGACACCAUUAGUUUCUGUAAUUUGGGCCAGAAUUUAACAAUGAGUUAGCUGUGCCAAAAACACUGUGCAUAUCCACAAUUUACUCUUUUUGAAUGUAUGUCAUUGCAGUAAGCUUCCCCCUCCCUCUGUUGUCUUGUGAGAAGAUAUAGUCUACAGCAGUGACAUUAUGUAUAUCUUUGGAUACCUGUAAAUAUUAUGUAAAGCAAGUUUUUAUGAUGAAGAAAUUCUUGGAUUUCAUUACUGAGAGUAAAAUCUGAACCUGUAAAACAAAUAAAUUUAUCUUUCUACAGGCA